CGCACGCCGCCUCUGUUUGUACACAGUGAGCUCCUGGCUGCCGACUAGCUCCCUUGCUCCCCACCUGCUCACGCUUCAUUGUUCUCCAAGUCAGAAGCCCCGGAGCCGCGGAGGCGCGAGCUGAGCUGAGCUUAGCUCUCAGUCUGCGGGUCCCCCAGCUUGGGUGACCCGGAGUCACCGCGAGCCCGAGCCCCGCCCUGCCCGCCUGCUAGGCUGGGACCCAUCCGCAACCGAGGCUGAGCUGGUUGGAGGCUCCCCAGAGCUCGCCCACCUCCCAGUGCCAGAGCAGAGGCAAAAGGGGAAGAAAUUCCUCUCUUUAGUCACCACUCUAUCUCACACUCUCCAAGAAUUUGUUUAAGGAAACGCUGCAGGAAGAAGACAUCUUCUUGAAUCCUCUAUCGGGCGGGGUCUGCCGCUACCCUGCGGUGCCAUCUCAGCGACACUAUCAUCCGCUAAGACCCCUUUCCAGUGGGGUCACGUCCGAGAGACCGGAUCAUGAAGCACUCGGUGGCCGCUUGGCUCUUGGUCGGGCUCAGCUUCAGUGUCCCUCAGUUCUGCAAAGGUGAUAUUUGUGAGCCCAAUCCAUGUGAAAAUGGAGGUAUCUGUUUGUCAGGAUUAUCCGAUGAUUCCUUUUCCUGCAAGUGUCCAGAUGGCUUCACAGGUCCCAACUGUUCUAGUGUUGUGGAGGUUGCAUCAGAUGAAGAAGGGCCAACUUCAACAGGUCCCUGCAUUCCUAAUCCAUGCCAUAAUGGAGGAACCUGUGAAAUAAGUGAAGCGUACAGAGGGGACACAUUCAUAGGCUAUGUUUGUAAAUGUCCCCGAGGAUUUAAUGGGAUUCACUGUCAGCACAAUAUAAAUGAGUGUGAAGCUGAGCCUUGCAAAAAUGGGGGAAUAUGUACAGACCUUGUUGCUAACUAUUCCUGUGAGUGCCCAGGAGAAUUCAUGGGAAGAAACUGUCAAUACAAAUGCUCAGGCCCACUGGGAAUUGAAGGUGGAAUCAUAUCAAAUCAGCAAAUCACAGCUUCAUCUACCCACCGAGCUCUUUUUGGACUCCAGAAGUGGUAUCCCUACUAUGCACGUCUUAAUAAGAAGGGGCUUAUAAAUGCCUGGACAGCUGCAGAAAAUGACAGAUGGCCAUGGAUUCAGAUAAAUUUACAAAGAAAAAUGAGAGUUACUGGUGUGAUUACUCAAGGAGCCAAAAGGAUUGGAAGCCCAGAGUACAUAAAAUCCUACAAAAUUGCCUAUAGUAAUGAUGGAAAGACUUGGGCAACCUACAAAGUGAAAGGCACCAAUGAAGACAUGGUAUUUCGUGGAAAUGUUGAUAACAACACACCCUAUGCUAACUCUUUCACGCCUCCCAUAAAAGCUCAGUAUGUAAGACUCUAUCCCCAAGUUUGUCGAAGACACUGCACUUUGAGAAUGGAACUUCUUGGAUGUGAACUGUCAGGCUGUUCUGAGCCUCUGGGGAUGAAAUCAGGACAUAUACAAGACUAUCAGAUCACUGCCUCUAGCAUCUUCAGAACUCUCAAUAUGGACAUGUUCACUUGGGAACCAAGGAAGGCUCGGCUUGACAAGCAGGGCAAAGUGAAUGCCUGGACCUCCGGCCACAAUGACCAGUCACAAUGGUUACAGGUGGAUCUUCUGGUUCCUACCAAAGUGACUGGCAUUAUUACACAAGGAGCUAAAGAUUUUGGUCACGUGCAGUUUGUAGGCUCCUACAAACUAGCUUACAGCAAUGAUGGAGAGCACUGGACAAUAUACCAGGAUGAAAAGCAAAGAAAAGAUAAGGUUUUCCAGGGCAAUUUUGACAAUGAUACACACAGAAAGAACGUCAUCGACCCUCCCAUCUACGCACGGCACAUAAGAAUCCUUCCUUGGUCCUGGUAUGGGAGGAUCACGCUGCGGUCAGAGCUGCUGGGCUGCACAGAGGAAGAGUGAGGAGACCCCAGACCCCACACCCCUCCUCUCCAUUUCCCUACAGUAUCUCCGUGGAAUGAACUCUGCAAAAUCUAUAGGAAACUGAAUGGGAUUUUUCAGGAGAAUAAUGCUCAGAUUAUGGUAGGCCAUCAGCUGUCUUCUUAAGGAGGUCUAAGCCUGCCUUUUCAAUGGUUUUGAUUUGAUUUUUAUAGUUUAAAUUUCUUAAGCAACAACUCAUUAACUCUGAAUUACUUUUCUCAUUGUUUUCUGACUUAUUCAUACUGGCUGAAAUAUAUUAUGCAAAGUAGCACUCUUUUGAUAGCAAGGGAGAAAAAAAUCUCAUAGUUAUCAAAUAAAAGCAAGAAUUGUUACAGCUUUCAUAAUCAAUACUCAGCUUAUUCUUAUAAAAGGAAUACUGCAAUGUUAGCAAUAAUUUUUCCCUUCUGUAUUGACUCUAUAUUAUCCUAAUUAUUUCCCCGUGCCUAACACACUGUCAGUGUUUAUAACCAAAUUUUGAAGAAUCUGUAACAUGCAGUACUAACUGAUAUUAUAAUUUCCUUUCUUUACUAUUUCUAAUCAGAGAUUAUGUGAUCUGUUUCUUUUUGUUGUACUCCAUUUUCUACAUAUUACAUAUUGCCUAAAUAAGUCCACAUUCUUCCCAGUUGACUUUUAUCCUAUUAUUUGCCUAAAGGAAGUGCCAUGUUUGUGUCUGUGUAUGUAUAUAUACACACAGAAACAUGUACAAAAAUAUGAAACAUGAUUGACUAUCAGUAGACUGAUCAUAUUUAAUCAAUAGAUUAAGGUCCUGUGCAACACUGCUCAGUAUUUCUUGUUUUUGAAGGAACCUACACGUAUAUAAUUUCUAAAUACUUCCUUUAUAAAGAACCCAGUACUACCAUUUUGCAAAAUAAACAAAAUUCCAUUAAAUUUCUUUAAAACAAAAUUUAAAGCUUUGUUUUGAUGAUAUUUACAUAGCCUUAUCUUUAAAAUAAUAGAAUAAUAAAUUAUUUGCAUAUUAAAUUUUUUUCACAAAUAUUGACAUAGUGCUGCAUAGCUUGGCCAAGCAUACGCAUCAUUUUUUGUUCAUCUCUAUAUUUCCUGUGAAACUGGAAUUUUAUUGAGGUUGGAAACUGGUGGUGGUUUCUCAGGAAAGCACAGUAUGUAGAUAUUUGUGAGAAGUAUUUUACUAAUAACAAAGCAGUAAAUCAUUUUCAAGAUGAAAUGGAUUUCUAUUUAUUUUGCUUCAAAGGUCCUAAAAAAUGGGCAGUUAUCAUAGCGAUUUGUUAUUGAUAAUGGAGGUUUCAUUGACAUUCUCUCAAAUUAAAGUUCAUACUACCUCCAUCAAAGUCCUCAACAUCUAAUUUAUAAGCUUUACUAGUAUUUGUUUCAUAAGGCUUAGACCCAGAAUUACUGGGGUUUUAAAUUAAGGGUCCUGGAAAAGAAAGUAUGGUACAUGUACAAAAUGUUAAGGUUCCUGUGCAACACUGCUCAGUAUUUUUUCUUUAUUAUUUGUGCUGCAUAACAAAAGCCACUAGACUGUUACUGUCUUGUCUGUCCAUGUGUUAACAGCAUUUCUUGAUGAUGUAUAUAUGGAGGGGUCUUCAGUCACAGUGAAGAAUCUAAAGAGAAAGUCAAUCAUAAUGGCAUUUUUAGUAAGAACAAAAUAUGGACUGACUGGCUACGUAUUUAUCCUGUGCCGACAUGCUUUCUACUUUAGGCUCUUGUUAUAAAAUAGUUGAUUUGAAGCAUCUGAAGUGAUCAGUUUUUAGCAUCUUUCAAAAACAAAAUUGUCAUAUCAUCACUAGAACCUUUUUAAGAGAAAAAUUAAUUCCUAAUUUAAACUUAAUUUGCUAAAUUUCACAGGCUUGUUAAGAAUAAUUACUUAGAUCCAGAGAUAUAGACACACUUAUUGUGUACUCAAUGGCCCUUAUUUCUUUAAAAAUUUACUGUCCCACCAAAUUUCUAGCCAUUUUCCCUUGUAGGCUUUGCACAAUUUUUGAUUCUUAACAGAGUGUUUUUAAAAUUAUGGCUAAGUUUUUGUGAUAAUUUACUUUCUUAAAAUUAUGUAUGGCUUCUUGGAGUUCCCACUGUAGUGUAGGGUUAAUGAUCCAGUUUGUCUCUGUGGAGAUGCUGGUUUGAUCCUGGCCUAGUGCAGUGGGUUAAGAAUCCAGCAUUGCUGCACCUGUGACAUAGGUCACAGCUCCACCUAGGAUUUGAUCUCUGGCCUAAGAACUUCCAUAUGCCACAGGGAUAGCCAAAAAAGAAAAAAAAAAAUUACUUGUGGCUUCCUAUGAUGUUUUGAAUAUUGUUUUAUUGAUAGUUUUUCCCAAAACCAAUUUUUCUAAGGGUAUUUGUUACAAUUUUGUUACUUUUAGAAAUACAUUGAAAUGGCUUUCUCUUGCACAUUUUUUCUUUGCUUUAUGCUUUUCAGCAACAUGGCAUAUCAUGGGAUAUCUCUUUAUACUAUGAUGCCCCAAAUUAAUGACAACAAAGGAAUUCCCGCAUGUGGAAAUGUUAAUAAUUAUUUUGAAGUAGUAUAUAGCUUUUGUGUCAUUUGUAGCAAUGACAUUGAAUUGAAGCAAAUUUGUUAUAUAUAAAUUCACAGUAAAACAAGUAAAAUCUUAUAACCAGAAUGCACAGAAGAAUCACCUAGCCUCUGGGAGUUCCCGUCGUGGCGCAGUGGUUUACGAAUCCAACUAGGAACCAUGAGGUUGCGGAUUCGGUCCCUGCCCUUGCUCAGUGGGUUGAUGAUCCGGUGUUGCCGUGAGCUGUGGUGUAGGUUGCAGACGCGGCUCGGAUCCCGCGUUGCUGUGGCUCUGGCGUAGGCCGGCGGCUACAGCUCCGAUUCGACCCCUAGCCUGGGAACCUCCAUAUGCCGAGGGAGUGGCCCAAAGAAAUAGCAAAAAGACAAAAAAAAAAAAAGAAUCACCUAGCCUCUACCAUGUUGAGGAUAACGUGCUAAUUUUAUAAUCUAUGAAAUUACAGUUUUAAACAUCUCCAUUUAUCUACAUCUUAUUAAAAGCAUUUACCAUAAUCACUAAUUCUAAGUUUUGGUUUGACUUUCUCUUUCUGAAUGGCUUCAUAAGGGUUGAUGUGAAUUUUGAAGACUUGGGGUACUAAUGAUUGUAAUUGCUAAUCAACAAAUUAUGAAAUAUAAUAUUCAUUGCGGGCAUCUGAUGUGUCAGUAAGUACUGAAAUUACUAAGACACAAUCUCUUCAAACUUUCAAGCUGUGUAAUAUUCCAAUGUUGGUUUCUUUCUUUGUAUAUAUACUUAAAUCACGUAGGAUGUUGUAAAAGCAGUAUGACCUUGUCUAGUCUUAAAAGUUAAAAUAAACUUUUGAAAAUCUGGGAUAGUUUUGAAGCAGUUGUAAUCAAACACAUUUGUAAGAAUACGCAAAUUAUCUGAAUGUGAAUACCUACUCCUUUAACUACAUGCUGGUUUACUUUUUCUUUGUACAGGAAAAUUAAACAAGUACAAAAAAAAAAGAAAGAAAAAAUCACAAUAGCCUUCAAGUGUACAUUGAUAACAACUAAAUCGGCCUUUUCAAAAUUAUUAAAAUAUAUGCAAUUUCCCCUGCUCCUUUUAGCUGUGGAAAUUUUAUUGGAAUACUAAUAACCCAAAGUCAUUUUUUUUGCCUCAUGAAUAUUUAAAGUCUUGUGCUCCAGAAUUGAUCUGCCCAUUGUUAAGCAGAUGCUACUGCUGUUAUUUCUAUUGUUUUUUAAGUACAUGAUUCUCCAGAGUAUAAUGAAGAGAUCUAAUCAAUAGUAAGCAAUAACACAAACACUAAUAAUAUAUUUAUCUUCGUAACUUUAGCUUCUGCUUAAAGAAAAUAAUAUUCUUAGCUUCUUCAUAAACCCUGUUUCAGCCUCUCUGAAAGUCACUGGUAAAAUACUGAGUCUGAAUACUUUCCCACAUUUUACAUAUUUUCUUAGGAUUCAAAAAAUUUAGGGAAAAAACUUGAGAUACUAAAUGUAGACUCCUUAGUUGAGCUUCAGUGAAUCACUGACAGUUCUUGUACUUAUUAUAUAUGUUUAUGUAUUCAUACAUGUUCCUGUUUAACUUCAUUUAAUGUGAAUAGUUCAAUGGGGUUCCCUAGCUCACCUAAUUUUCUCAAACACACACAAAUGUGUUUAUAUUAAAUACAAGCAAUUAUACAUAUGUUUUUUCAAUAAAUCAAUAAAGAACUAUAACAACAUCUAUAUACAGGGUAAAAAUGCAUUGUGAUAAACUGAAUAAUUAUUCAACAGAAACUUCUCAACUAUGAGACUUUAAAAAUUACCAAUUUAAGAUGAAAAAAUCAUUAAAAAAUUCCAAGGAGAAAGUCUGAUCAUGUUGAAGCUUGGUUUUAAAAAUCUUUUAAGAAUAACUUAAUGAAGGGAAAAUAUUCUCUCUACAUAACCUAAAAUUUUAAAACAUCCAGCACUUCAGCUUUGAGUACAUGAUUAAAGCGAAGAUUUUGGUAAAACGGUCAUGUUUACUGUCAGAAAUGCCAUGCUUUCUCUCUUCCCAAAGGCAAGUUUAAAACAAUAUUAAGAAUAGAGUUAGUGUGUUAUUUUUUGUGAAAAUUAUUGCCAAAAGCUUUCUUUGAGAUGCAGAAGGAGCCUUUUACCUGAGCAGUUAAAAUAGAGAAUUAAACCACUCUUCUAGGUGAGAAAUAGCUGAACUACCCUGAAAGCGAAUGCAUUGUCAUUUGUCUUUACAAAGAAAGAAUACCUAGGGUAGGUAGCAAUUUUUCUCUUGGUUUGGAAGGGGGAAAUAGGAUUCCGUGAUUCCCCUGCAGUAAGUGGCUGUAAUUCAUAUUGAAUGUUUCAACAGUGCCACCAGAUAAAGUAUUUUCCACAGUAGGCAAGUGGCACUUACUCAAAGAGUUAUUUCUAUUAGAUGAAUUUGGUAGCAGAAAUAUGAAAACGUUUUGGAAAAGGCUCCUCAUUUAGUUGUUUUUGCAUAUCUUGGCAGGAGAUUAUCGCACCAUUUGAGAACACUAAUGUUAUGGAAAUAUGGUAUAGGAGCAUCAGUAAAUGGUCACCAUGUGACACGAUUAAGCAUUUGCAUAUGGUGACUGCCUGUAAUUUAACAUCCUCAAAGGCAUGAACCACACGCUCUUUCAUAUUUCCCUUAUUUAUCUAAAAUCCCCAUAGCACCAUUCAAUAUGCCCACAUAUAAAUAUGUCAAUAACAAUGACGAAUGGCCACAUAAGCUCAACCUGCUGCCACCUGGAAAAGAAGUAGUGGGAUGGUACAUUCAAACUCACAUCCCCCACAGCCAGAGUGGAAUCAGCUUUGUGAGCACUUUGCAUAGAGGAUUAACAGGAAGACAACUGGGAGUAGGCUGUGUGCAUAUGACAGAGAAGGAAUGUUUUCAGUGAUAAAUGAAGUAGAUGACAACUGGAAGAUAGAUUUGUACAUAUUUCAUAAAUUUCCCUCUUUUUAGAAAUUUAAAGAAAAAUAAUAAUAACAGGCCUGGCCUUUCCAGAAGAGAACCCACAGCAGGCCAGCAGCUCUGGCAGAGAUUAUCAGUACAGCAUUUCUCAAGCCUGAUGGCAUUUUCCACCUGGAUCUGGGAAAGAAGAAUUGAACAGAGGGGUUAAAAAUGGUCACUCACAAAGGAAGCACUAAAUAAUCAACUGCAACAGUUUAACUUCCUCAGUUCUCAAGUUUCCUAGGUAAUGAUGUGGACUUUUUAAAAAAUAGUAGAAGCAUCUUGCUAUGAUUGGAAGUUAUGUCCCUCCACCAAAAUUUCAUAUUUUGAAAUCCUAAUCCCCAAAGGUGAGAGUGUAGUAGGUGGGACUAUGGUAUCAUGAGAGUGGAACCCUCAUGAAUGGGAUUAGUGACCUUAUGAAAGAGCCCCUAUGGAGCUUCCCAGGCCCUUCUACCCAGUAAGACACUAGGUAUGAACCUGGACGCUGACCCUCACCAGAAAGCAACCAUGUAGGUAUCUUGAACUCGGACUUUCCAGCCUCCAGAUCUGUGAGCAAUCAAUUUCUGCUGUUUAUAUAUAAAUUACCCAGUCUGUGGUAUUUGUUUUAGCACACCUAACAACCUAAGACCCAUCCCUAAAAGAACCUGUUUUUAGUGAUAUUAAUAUCUUGAUUUGGGAGGUAGACUUUUAAACAAUUGUAAAAUGUUUUUCAAAUUUCCAGUGGAGAGAAAUUGGUGGGUUAGGACUUGCAUUUGGUUUUCACUUAAAUGCAUUAGGAGAGGAAGAGAGCAGAGGGGGAGGAAAAAAAGGAAUAAGUCCAUUGUAAAAGUUCUUUCACAAAACACAUUUAGUUCAGUUAUAUUACUGUGUACGUAGGUGUUCUUGAUCACAGCACUAAUUAUUUUUCUUACUCUGAGCCAGCCAUAAAAGUUUGAAAACCACUGCAAUAUGGUCCCUGAACCUCCUUCUAAACAGGUGGCAUCUCCUGGCAGCCUGGCAUGCUACAGGGCUGAUGUGAGAUUAGAGCCAGAAUUGGAUGGAUUUUUGUCGAUAAGAGGCUUUAGCGGUUGGGUGGGGAUAGAGAAGGCAUGUGGUGCUGGAAGCCUGAGAGACUUUCAAGAAAACAAAGAUACUACACAGAGAACUGUGUGAUGCUUCUCUUUGUGGUGGACUAAGCCCUUCUUUUCAUCGUAAAAUUUUAUAGCACAGUAAGUUUUAUGCUAUUCCAUUUCAUUUUUUUUUUCUGCUAGGGAAGAUGCACCCAGGUGUUGAGUAUGACCUGAAGGUGAGUUUGCAGCAUGAGCAGAGGCUGCCUGUGGGGACCUGGCACUUGGGGUUGAACAUAUUGCACAUUUAUGUAUGUUUUGUUUGAAUAAAAUUGAUGCUUUUUUAAAAUGGA